AUGUUUAGACUUGAUUUGCAAAUCCGUCUCCUUUUCUUCUCCUUCUUACUGGGAAAUCCUUUCCUUUCAUUCGCUGGAAUUGAAAAGGAUCAUCAUCAAGAUUCACAUGCAAACGCAGGUGGGUGGGACUGUGAUGCAAUCAAAGUGCUGUGCCAACCAAGCCAUAGGCCUUUUGGAAGUGAGAAUCUUGAUGAUGCUGCAUCAGCCAUAAACGACUACUUUAAAAAGUUGGAUAAGGACUAUUCUAAUCUGACUUGUAUGGUCUUGCUAGCAGUGCUUCUGAACAAUCCUAGGUUUUCAAGUAUAGGCUAUUUGGAGGCCGAGAGGAGCGGCUGUUUGAUUAUGGAAACUGGAAACUGGAUUGGGAACAUGGAUUUACAUGAUCACAGACACAUGGUGGACGUGUCUUAG